CAUGGAUCCGAAGUGUCUGUACGGACUGGACAGCUCUGAUUCGGGUUUCGAAAUGAGUUUCGACUCUGAAAACGAAGCGGCGUUCUCGUUGGACGACUGCACGAUGGGUUCCGAGGGUUUCGCGUCGUCCGCGCAAAGUGUGGCCGACGACGAUUUGCAGGUCAAACCGAAAAAACGACGUCAACGGAGAACGAGAGAACGGAGUCCGACGCAGGUAACAAGAAUAUAAUAAUUAUGAUUACUAGGAUAAAUUUAACAAAUAUUGUGACUAAGAGAAAUUCAUUAGGAGAAAAAAAACAACUUUAACGAUUGUUAUAUAUUUUAUUUUUUUGUAUUUUUUAUAGAUAAUAAAAAUCAAAAAACACCGUCGGAUGAAGGCCAACGACAGAGAACGGAAUCGGAUGCACAUGUUGAAUGAGGCCCUAGACAGACUCCGGUGCGUUUUGCCCACGUAUCCGGACGAUGCGAAAUUGACGAAAAUCGAAACGCUCCGUUUCGCGCACAACUACAUUUGGGCCCUGUCUCACACACUUCAAGUCGUCGAAUCUACGGAAAAAUCACCGUUACAGGAACAAGAUCAACCGCUGAUGCUCACCAUGGGUGACGUCACGGUCAGCAUCGGCCAAAACGGUAACAAGGUAAGAAUAAAAAGUCGAUUUUAGCGCUUAAAUUUUUUCUAUUUUUCGAGGUUAAAAUUUAAAUGUUUUAUGAAUCUGAUAAUCGAAAAUAUGUACGAAUAUACAUAUAUCUCUUUUCGUUUAACCUCGUACGAGGUUAAAAGAUUAUUCGUACAUUGAAGGUCGGGCUUUUUUAUACAAUAUAAAUCAGAAUAUUACUACAUUUUUUUUUCCUUUUAUGGUUUCGUUAGAAUAAUAGGCAUUUAUAGUAGCGAUUGUAUUUUAUAAUAAAACGAACAUGCGUUUUUAACGGAUUUUUUUUAAACGUUCUCUCUACCUACUAUUAAUAUUAUAAUAAUAGGUAUGUUUCAAAUGGAUUUAUACGGGUACAAAUAUAUUUUUUUCGAUUUAUUUAUUUCAGUUACCUUUAUGUAACUAUAUGUCUUUAAAUGUUUUUGAAUGAAAUAGAUUUUUAUAAUUUCUAUGAAAAAAAAAUAAGUCUAUUUAUUUAUAUUAUUAUAUUACUAUAUUAUUACCUACAACCUGAACUAUUAUUGUUCAUAGCGGUCACGUAGUAAUUUAUCGUAAUCGAGAAUACUACGAUUUUCCAAAUUCUUCUGUAACUAAUUUCACGGCUAUUCUAAAUAAACAAUUUCGACCAAUAAUUAUAAUAAUAACCUAUGCAUAAUACUUCCAGAUCACCUCGUCGACGGGAACGUGCGCGCUGGCCCAACAAAAGAAACCGUGCGACGAACCGCUGGCGACUUCAACGCCCGUGAAAAAGUCGCCAUCGGCCGCGAACCGAGACUCCACGACGGUGACGAGUCUCAACUGCAGCCUCAACGACUCGGGUUACUUCGAACCACAAUCCGCGACGACGGACCAGAGCCGACACGUUACCGGUCACCUCGACGAUUAUUCCGGUUAUCACAGCCACGGUUACCGGCCGGAUGGGUAUCUUCCGAGACUGGAAACCAGUGACGCUUCGCAGCAGCAUUAUCACCUACAGCAAAUGCACCAUUACCAGCAACAGUCGACCGACAAGACGUGGUCUGAGACGACGACGUCGACGGCGGCGGCUGUGUCAUACUGCGACCAAUACCAAACGACUUGGUCGCAACAGACCGCGUGGCACAAUCACGGACCGCUGACGACGUACCAAUCGGCUGUGGACCAGAGGUGCCAAGAACCCAUGAUGUUCUACUCUUGAGACGACUACGAAACUUUUGGUAAACGGAAAAGUCCACUUUUACCAAAAGUAUACCUCUACGAGACGAUACUGUUAGGUACUAAUUUUGUUUAUUCUCCCGUUUCCGGUGCUCUUUUAUAAUUAAUUUGUACCUUUGAUAAUACGUAAUGUAACGGAUAUAGUUUGUAUUGGUUAUCAAGCGUUUCUGAAUCUUCUCACUCCCACGUCAAUAAAGUAUAGUCAGUUCUCACUAUACGCAAUGAGAAACAUUCAUAGUUAAUUUAUUGUUGAGUAAAAGAUAUGAACUCGAUUUUGCUAACAAUGGGGGUUUCGAAUAUCAGUUGUUUAAUAUAUUAUCAGUGAAUAAAAUUCCCUUUUAUAAUUUCGAAAUGAAUGGGUUAAUCCCGUCCCUUACCUACACCUAUAAUAUCCCAUUCAUAAUUAUGUAUUAUCUAUGAUUUGUAUAUAAUGUCCUACGCGAAAAUUGGACAGUGAUAUUUGUUACUGGGAGAAAGUUGGUAUUGACAUCUUAUUGUUCUCCACAUUUCUAUGAUUCCAAUACAGUAAUAUGUCUCUGGCAAGCGCCACGAUAACUUCGUACUUAGGGUAAAUACUAAUAAAAUUGUACGCAUUAUUCGAAAUUUUUUAUGUAAAUUGUAUACACAUAAUAUUAUAUUAUAUUAUAUGUGAUUUUUUUUUUUUUUAUAUGUAUCGCGUGUAUUAUCUGCACUCAUUGCCGACAGC